GGGCUAUAACCGCGAAAAUCGAAGUUCGUCAAUUGCGGGCAUUUUUCUCUGUCACUCUAAUUACGUCUGAGUGAGAGUAAAAGAGAAAGAUCCCCGCAAAUUGCGAAUUUCGGUUUUCGCGGUAGGCCCCCUGAACAUAUUUGGCAUAUAAAAAUACUUUGUCUCUAAGGUACCAAUUGCAUCCACACUUUAUCAGGCCUGAUAACAGACCCGAUAUCGGGCCCGAGAAAUAUUAUAAUUUCCGUUUUCUCAAAUAUCAGCACAUCAUUUACAAUGUUUAAAAUGCUAUCUAUCUAGCAAAAUAUAAUAUUUGCUACACCCUUUCCAAAUAAAGCAUAUGGUAUGCAAAUAAAGAUCUCUAUCUCUCUAAAAUCCAAACGCCAAACGUCACUGUCACUGUCACGAAACGUAAAUAAAAGGUGUAAAAACAUAACGCAGGAUUCUAUAGAAAAUAUUCUAAUAUCUAAUAUGAAUAACUUUAUAUUCACAAUAUCUUACUAAACAUGAAAAGAAACACGCACUUAUUCGAUCUUUAUUGGGAAGAUAUUAUAGUGACUUAUGUUCUACCUUACCUGACCAUACGGGAGUGUUUCAAUUUUCGCUGUGUGUCCAAAACAUGUCUUCAGAUAGUAAAUAUGUAUUUUACACAGAUGAAAGCACUGAAACUAAUAAAUGAAGGUUUCUCCCCACACACACUUAAUGUAUUCGCAAUAAACUGUUCCAAGCUUACAGUAUUAAACCUGACUCGAUGCUCAACCGUUACAGACGCAGACCUGAUUCCAGUUUUACGGCAAAACAUAAAUUUGGUCAAUUUAAACCUAAGUCAAUGCAACAAUUUGUCAGCAAAGUGUUUACAACCAGUUAUUCUAUACUGCAACAAUUUACGUACGUUGAGACUGGCUCGUUGCUUGUGGCUAACUACAGGGGCGAUGGAGGCUCUAGCUUUACACCAGAGUAUGCUUGAGGAUGUAGAUUUGUCCUAUUGUGUGACAAUCUCAGAAAGUUGCAUACUUAUAUUUAUAAAAAAGUUUAGACUUCUCAGAAUAUUCAAUUUGGAAGGCAAUUGGCAGAUUACAGAUAAGUGCUUGUAUGCCAUGUCGAAGAAUAGUGUUGUAUUGAAAAUGCUCAAUCUGGGCGGCUGCUCAGAUAUCACAGACAAGGGAAUCAGAGCACUAGCCCUCCACUGCCCCAUGCUAGAGGGCCUUCUAAUCCGAGGCUGCACAAAGGUGACAGAGAACAGUCUGCAGCUGAUGCGGCCGCGGGUGAAGAUGGAUCGGAGGCCUGUGGACCCGGUGCCAAGGCCUAUUUACAUACAGAUAUAAAUUGUUUCGUGGGUAUGUCACAACUCCAAAUUAUAGCAGGGGUUAAACUAAUUUUGCGGUUUAAACUAACGCGACAUGUUUCGGAGAACCUAGGUCUCCUUUCUCAAGCAGCAGUGCGAGCAGCGUUCACAACGGUGGUGCUUCACGUACUGUUGCACGCCGCGUCGCACACUGAGAGAGCUGUUGUUGUAGACGGGCAUAGUGGUGUGUUUGGGUGUUUAAAUUCGAUUAUAACAGGGUGUUUACAGGCCAUUACGGGGUCAAAGAUGUCUUGGCCAAGAUUGGACACUCGGACAACACCAAUUUUCGAAUGUGUGGCGAAGAGGAAGAGACAUUAAGAAACCUAAUGUGUGAAUGUCACGCCCUCACCAGGCAGAAUGAAGGACUUUGGAGCAGGCUAUCUGGAGCCAAAGGAAUUCAAAG